AUGUCUUCGGAGCUCGAAACUUUCACCAUGCUGCCCUUGCAGAUCGAUCCUCAGACCAAGGCACUAACAGCGACGUCCAGCUCGCGCGCUCUACAAUCCGAGCUGGCUUCGCUCAACGCCCUGCACCGCUCUCUCCUCGCGCUCGAUACGCCGAACCAAGUGCCUCCCCCGCCACUCCCCGUCAACCCGAAGCGGUCGGCCAACGUCAGUAAACUACGAGAUAGCGGUAACGCCGAAUACCGUAAGGGAAAGCACGCCGACGCCGUCAAAUUCUACACCUUGGGUUUGCAAAUGGCACUGACGCGGCCGCUGUGGGAGCCCCAGCAGCUGGUGCGCGAGGAGGUCGCUGCUCUCUACGCCAACCGCGCUCAAGCUCACAUGGGCCUGCAGAACUGGGCCGAGGGCGCCUCCGACGCCGAGGCCAGCGUUGAGGCUAAGCGAGUCGGUAACUCGAAGGCCUGGUGGAGGCGGGGCAAGUGUCUAAUGGAGAUGGGACGGCUGAUCGAGGCCAAGGAAUGGGUUAAUAAGGGCUUGGAGAUGGAAGGCGACGAGGGCGAGCUGGUCGCCUUAUUAAAGGACAUUAACGUAAAAUUAGGAGAGAAGAGUAAUUCUUAA